AUGCCAGGAAUCCCAAAAACAAAGGGCUGCUCCGUUUGCAAGGCCAAAAAAAUCAAGUGUGACGAGAAGUGGCCAACUUGCACGGCCUGCCAAUACUCCAAACUGGAAUGCCCUGGGCCAUCACCACUUGUGACCUAUGCAUACAGAUCUCAGGAACCAUUCAAUGAGAACUUCAACAACACAAAGCUGCGUUUUCCCAACCUGCUCGCAUCGACGUGGGUUGAAGAUUCACUACCACCAGAGCAGAGAUCAUGCUACAAUCACAAACACCAAUCGAAGAGAUACAAACCCAUCAGACCUCGACUUCCUACCAAGUCGCGCGUUCUCUCGAGCCAUGGCCCACCUCGUGCCAAUCCAACAACACGACUGAGCCAACUGGCAGCCAAUCUUGUCUCUGUGCUCAACACAUCCACGGAUCUUGGAGAUGCAGCUCACCUUAGCAUACUAUCAUUUGUCCCUCCGCGUCUUCAAGAAAGCCAAUGCUUAUCUGAUAGCGUGGCAUUCUGGUGCAGUUCGCAAACGGAUGAUCGUCGCUGCCUGAUGAAGCCAAGCGUCAACACACUGCGAUACUAUAGCGCGGCUCUCCAGAGUCUUCGGCAAGCCUUGAGAAGUAAGCAAGCUUACUGCGCUGAGACAUUAGCAACAGUAGUGAUCCUCCAAAGAGCCGGUAAAUCCUUUGAAAGAGCAGUAAAGCUGGAUUCGGUUGCCCAUGCAAAGGGGAUGUCAGAAUUGAUCGUGCAGAGAGGGCCGCCCCGCCUGGAUGAUGAUUUGGACGCCUCACUGGCAAGUGAACUGGGCUCAAGUCUGUUUUGCUGGUGUGAUAAACUUGGCGGCCAGGGGGGUCGCAAGAUUGAGCCCGCCGAAGAAGUCAAGCUCGACGGGCCUCUAAUAUCAGCGUCGGAGGAAGCUCUGAUCCAAGGCACAUUUGCUAAGAUGGCUGAUUACAUGACCCAUGUUGGAUUGGUUCACAACAACCCAAAUCCUGAAAAUAUGAAAGUCCUGGCUUCAGAACUCCUUGAGCAACUUCAGCUUUGGAACCGAGGCUUUUCCCUGGCUAUCAAGCAUAUUGAGGAACGCUUCACCAAACAGGGACUGAUGGAAGUUAUCCCCGACAAAGACUUCUUCUUAAAGGAAAAAUACCAUUUGAGGUCCAUUGCUGCCACGCAGUUCCUCCUCGAAGUUUUGGUGCUCCAGAUCAUUAUUGCCAAAGUUCUUCACAGCUUCAGUUCGUUCUGUGCCUCCCCAGGCGAUACCGCCCUUUACUUUGAAAAAUAUCGCGAACUCUCGAUCAAGUACUGGAUGCUUAUUCCUCACCUUAAGAAAUCACAUAUAAAGGCUUCGCAGAUUGUCUCGUGCACUUUCAGUCUUACCUUUGAGGCUGCUGAGAGCGAUCUAGAGAGGGAUCAAGUCCUGGAUGCUGUCAUGACUUUCGACCAGUACAUGGGGAAGCUUAAACGCCACCGCAAACUCUUAGAAGCCCGAGUGCUUCAGACCGCUAAGCAGCUUACCGGUCGUGGAGGGGUUCUGCCUAUUCAAGUUUGGAUCAGUGGUCAAAGAGAGUCCAAGACACGGAAAAAGGCAAAGAAAGUCUCAUCCAAUCCACGUUGGGUCACGAAUUCUAGCCACAUUCUACAUGGCUGUUUAUUCUUUGAGAGAUUGCUAGAUUGUUAG